AUGCGCAGCCACUUCAAAGGUGAGUCCGCCAUGCCCAUGCCCAUCCGCAUCCUCAUCCUCACAGUCAUCCUCAUCAUAUCAAUGCGGAGAAUGGAGAAUGGAAUUGCCCAAAGUGAGGAGCAGACACGGGGUGACAUUGAAGUAUUGGCGAUUCAGAAUCCAAAUAGCCAAUGUCCCCUUGGUCCGAGGUCGCAUGGUAUAUAUACUGUAAUCCUACCGAGCAUUGAUCCUUUUAAAGUUUCCUGCGAUGAGAAUAUUGCGGAUCCUGGCUGGACUGUGAUCGCCCGUCGAACUAAUGGAGAGCUAAAUUUCUUGCGCAACUGGAUGGAGUACAAGAGCGGAUUCGGAGAUCUCAGGGGCGACUUUUCCAUAGGAUUGGACGCCAUAACGAAAUCACAGACCCAAGAGCUAUAUGUACAUCUGGAGGGCUUUAAGGGAAACACGCGAUUCGCCAGAUAUGAUGAGUUCUACAUCGAAAGUGAAAAUGAUUUAUAUCGAAUGUCAAAGUUGGGCGCCUACACUGGGUAUGCGGGGGAUUCGAUGUAUAAAUGCACGAACCAGCAAUUUACGACCUACGACCGGGACAACGAUCGGUCGGGCGGUAAUUGUGGCACAAAGCAUGUGGCGAUAGGUAUUUACAUCUACAUUUGUACCUUAUGA